AUGGAAGCUACAAAAUGUCAUCAAGACGUUCAAAUUGAUGGCCCCGGCGAGGAAAACUACGCAGCGUACACGGCCGCUUACGCGCCGAAGUUUUCGGAUUCUUUCAGCAGCGAGCUACUGAAUGACGAUGUCGAUGCCAACAGUAUUGCAGCAUCGGUGUUGACCCGCUACAAGCCUUGCGUGCCGGAAAUGGUGUUACAACUUUUCGGCAGCAUUCUUCGGCAAUGGCAGGUUUCCACAUACAGCAGCGGCAAGACAACAUUUCAAGUCCCCGUGCCAGAUACAAGGACAUUACCUGUUCAAGUGCGCCACUAUGAACGAUCCACAUGGCGAAGCGACUCCAUGACCGUUCUAGAAUUCCUGCGCAAAACAAACAAGGCAGGCGAGAUCGCUGGUUGGGUCAAAGCCGCAUGGAAGAAACAGCAGCAAGAAGACGGCGACAGUCGCACCUUGGUGGAAUUUGCAAACGACGUUCCCAUGGACGGUGAGAAGAUCGUAGGCUGCGCAAUGGUAUCUCGUCUGAACGACAAGUUCUUCGGGCAAUGGCUCGUGCUGAACGUUCCCUUCAGAACCAUAACAGAAUUGGUUCCUGCGGUCGUCAAAGAACGUGUGCCCAGCACAGACAAGUAUCUGGGAAUGUGUCUAGCCUGCCAAGCCCCGGCAGCUCAAACCAUGUGGCGAAAUCCUGUCCUGAUUGACGAGGACAUGAAGUUAGAAGGGCACAAGGCGGCCUAUCGUCGAGAAGUGUUGUCACGCGCCAGCAAGCGGCAUCAGCUGCCCAUCCAAGCCAGAUUCGAGACCAUGAUUCGGAAUGGCGAGAAGACGGUCGAAGGGCGGCUGAACAAAGGGAAAGCCGCCGAGAUCAUGGAAGGCGAAACCAUCUUGUUCGGGCACACAGAAAGGAUCGUCCUCAGAAUCAGCAUCCAUGAAUCUUUCCGCGAGAUGCUUCGCCAUGUUGGCUUCGAAAACUCAUGCCCGCAUUGUGCAGACGUGGACGAAGCCGUGGAGGUGUAUCACAACUUCCGCAACUACGAAGAGGAUGCAGCGAGGUUCGGUGUCCUGGCGUUUCACUUGGGUGCGAUGCCUGAGCAAGAACAGACGAGUGCUAGACCCGCUUGGAACACAGAGCAGCGUCGCUGGCUUCGUCUCAUGAACGAGGACCUAGACAGGGCCUUGGCAGUGUGGCAUUCGUCCUCAGAGAUACAGCAGGACGCAGCCCGGCGGGUAGCUUUCGAGAACAACAAGAUCCGAGCUUUAGAAGGCCCUCCAGGCACAGGCAAAACGUCCGUGGCCAAGGCCUUCGUGGACCAUGCCCUGGAAAAGGGAUGCAACGUUCUGCGGGCAUGGAAUGGCCACGUUCCCACAGUUGCAGAUGUGAAGCGUCUUUUGACAACAUACCCUACAACGACCUUUUUGACAGUGACCAGAAAGGGCUCGUGCACGAUCAAUGCGCUAGCAGCACAGGGUCUUUUUGGACGUCGAGUUCCACUCGCCACUAUUCCGGGAGACAUCGAAAGCAAUUGGCGCAACUAUACGGCUGACGGCAAGCUGAAGCCGUUCAACGUUUUGGAGCCGUUGAACCUAGUCAUCUAUGAAGGCAUGAAAAUCUUCUUUACACGCAACGUGGACAAAACCAGGGACUACGUGAACGGCAUGCAGGCGACAGUGGAAUCCUUCGACCACGCAACAAACGCUGUCUACGCGGUCACAGCCACGGGUCAUCGA